AGGUUGGCGGUGCGCAAGGUCUCCAACGCCAGUGGAUUUGACAGGAGCCAACAGUUCAACACAACACCACAUUCAGGAAACUAUAAGUUAUGUGUCGGACCUGUAACUUGUAGUAGAAGUUAGACAUAUCUACGUUGAGUUAAAACAUACAACUGUUGAAUAACGACAGUAUUGAUACAUGUUUUGGUAAACGGCGAUAAUGUUGGUCCAGGCUGCGGGAGGAUGAUGAAGAAGAGACUGUGGCGAGUCAUGUCAGUGUGCCUACUUGUGUUAUUACUGUGUUGGCACCCCACUAAAUAUGUUGGCUGCACAGAGCAGUCCCCAGAGGCUCAGACCCUGACUGUGCCUGCACAGGACAGCAGUCCGAAGGAAGAUCCAGGCGACAGGUCCCAUCACAAGGAUGUUGUUCAGUUAGAGGAUGGCUGGGGGCCACAGUAUGUCCAGCACCUAUCUGAAGAGGAGGUGCUGCCAGAUGGAGAGGAGGUGGACAUACAGCAGCAGGGCCUAGCAGAGGAGGAGGGAGCGGGGACUCCAGGCACAGAGGUGGAGGACAAGGAGCAUGUACAGACGUUGGACCUGGACGAUCCUGAGAAGGAGCCAGAGACAGCAGAACCAGAGGCCGAGCCAGAGACAGCAGAACCAGAGGCAGAGCCAGACGCUGAGCAGCCACCUCCAGAGGCCGUUGUCACCCAAGAGCAGCAGCCAACCCCCACCUCUGAUCUAUUCCCUCCAUCCUCUGCCAUUGCCCUCAACCCUGUCACUGAAGAGCCCUCCAUGACCCAUGGCUCAUCCUCUAGUGUACCAGAGGAUACUGUGUCUGAUGUCCCUGUAUCGGACUUCAGCGAUACUGAUCUGGCCACAGACGACUGUGAAGCUGGAGAAACCAACCCCUUUGAUGAAUCCUGGACCUGCGUGAGUAGCGAGUCCAAGAUCCAGGACCAGAGUACCAGUCUUCCUGUUGUCCUGGAGAAACUUAACAAUGCUCUAGGAAAGGGCACCAAGACCGACAUAGACCACCCUCAGGUCCAGGCAGGUCAGGCCUCAGCGGGACUGGCUCAGGGGGCCAACACCUCCCACAUGCUCAAAGAACUGAGCUCACACAUCGCCAAGGAGAAGGAUCCCAAUGUGGCAACUAAGGAUGCGGAGGACAUCCCCACCUUUGACGAGUGGAAGAAGAAAAUUAUGGAGGUGGAAAAAGAGAAGACUUUGGCCACUCACAUCUCCACCAAUGGCGGCUCCCACACUGUAAAAAAGGCGCAGAAGAACUUCAACAACUAUGCCUCGGUGGAGUGUGGGGCCAAGAUCCUGGGUUCUAACCUAGAGGCUAAGAGCACUUCAGCCAUAUUAAUGGAAAGCAUGGAUCAUUACAUGUUAAAUCCCUGCAGCAACAAGAUCUGGUUCAUCAUCGAGCUGUGUGAUCCCAUCCAGGUGAAGCAGUUGGACAUCGCUAACUUUGAGCUCUUCUCUUCCACACCCAAAGACUUCCUGGUCUCCAUCAGUGACAGGUACCCGACCAACAAGUGGGUGAAGUUGGGCACGUUUCAUGCUCGGGACGAGCGCACUGUUCAGAGUUUCCCUCUGGACGAGCAUCUGUAUGCCAAAUAUGUCAAGAUGUUCACCAAGUACAUAAAGGUGGAGCUGGUCUCUCACCAUGGAUCCGAACACUUCUGCCCUCUCAGUCUCAUAAGGGUUUUUGGAACGAGUAUGGUGGAGGAGUAUGAGGAGAUCGCUGACCCCCUGGACAGACCAGACGACCAGGAUGAUGACCUCGAUUAUCCUCCUGGAUACGUUCCUGCAGAGGAUAAGGCUUCAAAUGACCUCAUAGGAUCAGCCAAGGAUGUCAUUCUGAACAUGGUGAACAACAUUAAAGUCAACGUGCUGGGGGGAGGACCAGGGGAAGGGAACUUCUCAGGCCAGACAGUGAACCUGACUAUCAUUACACCAUCUGACCCUGACACCACCACCACCCUCAGCCCAGUGCCUGACACUGUAGAGGUGCAGCAGCCUAAAGUAACAGAGGUCCCUGAUGUCACUACCACAGAAGCCCCUACUCCAGACACCCCUGCCACAGAGGAACCCAAACCAGAAGUCCCUACUCCAGACACCCCUGCCACAGAGGAACCCAAACCAGAAGCCCCUACUCCAGACACCCCUGCCACAGAGGAACCCAAACCAGAAGCCCCUACUCCAGACACCCCUGCCACAGAGGAACCCAAACCAGAGCAUAUAUCUGAAGAGGAGCAGGUAGUCACUCCUAUAAAGGAGGAGGUCCAGUCUAUAGUCACCAUGCUGGAAGAGGAUGGGAGGGAGAGAGAGGAGCACCAUUGCCCUGGCCAUCGACAGCAAGAAAGCCUUGACUACUGUGGCCUGUCUUCCUCCUCCUCUUGCUCCUGCUCAGCCUCCCUCCAGGAGUACCUCCUCCACCAGUGUUCCGUUCAGAGGAACUACACCAGCCAGGAGAGGGUGCCAGAGGCUACACCAGCUCCAGUCACCCCCACCACCCCGUCACAGAUGCCCAUCUCCCCCACGGCCACCCAGACCCCCCAGCAGCCCCACACUCAGGGGGAACAGCCCCAGGAGAGAGAGACCAGCUCUGCCCCGGGAGAGAGGAGAGCCAGGCCCACUGACACCCCACCACACUUUCCAUGGGUUGAGACUGAGGCAGUGGGACAGGUAGAGCCCAGUAUGGAGCUGCCCCACCUAGAGCCCAGCCAGACCUCCACCCUGCCCAGACCCAGCUCCACCGACACCUCCAGCUCUGCCACCAGACCCACCACUCCCGUGGAGCCUCCACACCAGGCCUCCUCCAAAGACCUGCCCGGGCAGAAGCACCCCGUCACUGGGGCAGAGAAGAGCCAGGAGGUGCAGCAGGAGGAGAACAGGCAGCCUGCUCCCACUGUCGCCACCACCACCUCCAGCUCCAGUGGCCUAGUGGAGCAGAGCUGGGGAACCCCUGUCGAGGAGAGGCACUGUCCGGAGGUUCAGCCUGCAGAACAAGACAACAUCCAGGUCAUUCACCAACCACACGUGGCUGAUCCACUCCCCCCUCCCCUCCCCACUACCUCCACCCCCACAGAGCAGCAGCAGCCUCCGGGAUCCCCUCCUAAACCAGCGGGUGCUGGCGGCGGCAACACUACUCCUGAGGAGCCCAACUCUGUCCCUGUCGUGGUCAUAACGGAGCCCCCCUCACAUGGCCAGGGCCAGGCCGUCGCCACGGAAACCAAGGGGGAGGCGGAGCUUGUGGAGGACAUCCUUUUCACCUCGUCGCCCAAUGGCAACAGGCAGCAGCUGCCUCGCCCCACCUCUCCUUCCCCUUUAGACUUCUACGCAGAGCUCCACAACACCACGGACCAGGGGAAUGGGAACGCGAACCCGAUGCACGGCUCCACCAGUCAGAAGGAGUCUGUGUUCAUGAGGCUCAACAACCGUAUCAAGGCCCUGGAGAUGAACAUGUCGCUGAGCGGACGCUACCUAGAGCAACUCAGCCAGAGGUACCGAAGGCAGAUGGAAGAGAUGCAGAGGGCUUUCAACCAAACCAUCAUCAAACUGCAGAACACAUCCAGGAUAGCAGAGGAGCAGGACCAGAGACAGACGGAGUCCAUCCAGUCGUUGCAGGGCCAGCUGGAGGACAUCACACAGCUGGUGCUCAACCUGUCCAUCAGAGUCAGCCAGCUGCAGAGCCAGGUGUCGGACAGGCAGAGCUACCUCCUGCUGUGCCUGGUGUUGUGUUUGUUCCUGGGCCUGCUGCUGUGUGCCCAGCACUGUCGCAUGUCUGCCAUGGAGCCUCCCUCCACAGACCCAGAGCCUCCUAUACCCAAGAGCUACAGCUACUGCAGCCCAGAGAGGCUUUUCUCUGAAUAUGAAGACAUGAGCUUGAAGAGACGAGCCUCAUAUCCUCUCCUGCACUCUGAUUCCUUUCAGUUACCCACUACUGAAGGUCCAGAGUCACUGCAAACUGUUGAACCAAUGAAUUUUCCCCCAGCUAAUAAAAAGAAGAACCGCAGUAAGAUGAAGACCGUGGAGCCCCUGAAGUGCACCGCUUUCUGUGCUCCUUUGCUUGCUAACGGCCGCGCCCCUCGUGGCACCAUGGACCCUACACCCUGCACGGGGCAUCUCAGCCACCCUGCCUUCAGGGACCCCCCCUUUGAGGGCAGCUCAGAGGGCUCCUCCCAGUCAGACGAGCCCUCUUUCUGUGGCCUCGCUGCUACCUCCUGCACGCGCCUCUGUGACGGUCUGCCCCCGCCCAGGAGCAGGGCAGCGAAGCGGGCAUUCAAGCGGCGCAGCUCCAAGCCUGGGUGCGGGGUGGUGGAUCUCCUGCAGACCCCGCGGAGAGACGGGAGCGAAGCUACACCCACCAUCCUCACCCUGCAGGAUCACAUCGGGGGGGGAAGGAGCUAGCUGCAGGGAGGCUAGGAGUGACGGCGCUCUGAGGUCCUGUCUGACCCAAAUUGCUCCAGCAAACAGACUCUGGAACACUCAUUCUCUGAAAGGAGGGUUGUUGUUAUCCCUGUAUACUUAGGAGGCUUUAAGCUAGGACACAAAUUAGACAAUCCCUCUUCUUCCACCUCCUAACCGGUAUGUUAUGUUCUAUUCAUGUUCUCUGUCAGGCUCUUUUGUUAUGAGGUUAAUAGUGGCAACCUUAAAAGAUAAGUAAACUUUAUUUUUAACCAAAUCUGUAUUUUGGAUGUAAAUGGCAUGUUCUAGAAUAAAACAUGAACAAAAGCUCUAAAAACACCUAAAUACAUAUUUUAGAAACACAACUUGUGAAAUUGUCUUUCCGAAUUUUAUCUGUAACGUUAUAUAUUUGCUUUUGUGCGACUCAAGCAGUUUCCCCUAUCCAUCUGUGCUUCUUCUCCGUGUAGCCCGAGCAUGGGCUACACAGAGAAGUAUCGCUUGAGUCGCACAAUAUGUAAUAUAACGUUGCGAAUAAAGUUUGGAGUGACAAAAUGUCAUGUGUACAACAUCUAAAGACCUGCAUCACUAUACUGAGAGCGUUGCCAUUUCUAAAAGGAAGUAUUUGGGUGAUUUUUGAGCUUUUGUUUAACUUUAUCCACACCCUGGCACUGCACAACGAGCAGGAGGAAGUCUAUCGCUGGUUGGGGUAAGUUUAUCAAAAACAAGUGAAAUCGCAAAAAAGUCUGGGCACUUCUAUAAUAUGCCAUUACAUCCAAAAUACAGAUUUGGUAAAAAAUAUUGUAACUUCUCCUUUAAAAGGUGCACUAUGUAACAAUCAAACCUGCAAAUAGCAAAAAAGUCUGGGCACUUCUAUAAUACGCCAUUACAUCCAAAAUACAGAUUUGGUUAAAAAUAUUGUAACUUCUCCUUUAAAAGGUGCACUAUGUAACAAUCAAACCUGCAAAUAGCCGAGUGGCGCAGCGGUCUAAGGCACUGCAUCUCAGUGCUUGAGGCGUCACUACAGACCCCCUGGUUCGAUUCCAG